AUGGCCAAAUUCAUUAAGGCAGGCAAAGUUGCUAUUAUUGUCAGAGGAAGAUAUGCCGGUAAGAAGGUUGUAGUUGUGAAAUCACAUGAUGAGGGUACGAAGUCUCAUCCAUUCCCACAUGCUAUUGUGGCUGGUGUUGAAAGAGCUCCAUUGAAGGUUACCAACUCUAUGGAUGAUAAGAAGGUGGCCAAGAGAACUAAGGUUAAGCCUUUUGUCAAAAUGGUGAACUACAAUCACUUGAUGCCAACUAGAUAUACUUUUGAUAUUGAGUCUUUCAAGUCCGCUGUGACUGCUGGUGCUCUGGAUGAGCCAUCCCAGAAAGAGGAGGCUAAGAAGGUUGUUAAGAAGGCUUUCGAGGAGAGACACAGAGCCGGUAAGAACAAAUGGUUUUUCACCAAGUUGAGAUUCUAA